AUGUCUGAAAGUGAUUCAUCAGCAACUCCAGUACAUACAGAAAAAUCCGAUGAGCAAGGUAAUACAAUAACGAUUCAAAACGAACAACAUUCGACAGUAAACGAAACUCAUCAUCAACAGGAACAAACAAUUAUUAAAAAUGCUAAUGAUCCUCAUCCAAAUGUUACACAUCAUCUAGAAGAUGUUCACAUUACAGUUAAUAAUGGAAAUAUGGUACCUACUGUACCGAUUGAAGAAGUUAAAGACAUCACUAAUGAAGUAAUUGAUAAAACACAAGAUACAUUGCAUGAAGUAGUUAAUGUAGCUGCUGAAAAAGCAACAGAAUUAAAAGUUGAUGUAACUAGUUUUGUUGAUAAAGCCCAUGAACAGGCAAAACAAAUUGCACACGAUGUUCAAGAAACAACUACUGAUCUGAAACAAGAAACAAUCGCUGCUGUUCACGUAGUAGAAGAAAAAGCUAUGGACGCUGCACACGCUAUUGAAAAAAAACCUGCUGAAAUAACAAACGAUACAUCUACAGUUAUUCAGGAUGUUCAAAAAAAAGCUCAAGAAGUAGCAGCACAUCAUGUUCAAGAUCAACCCAUUGAGUUCAAAGAGGGGGUAGUCACUGCUACUCAAGUAGUAGAAGAAAACGCUACUGAUGCAGCAAAAGCUGUUCAACAUAAAGCUGAUGAUGUUACACAUGACGCGUCUGCCGUUGCUCAUAAUGUCGAAGAAAAAGCUACAGAAGUAGCACAUAAUGUUCAAGAUAAAGCUGUUGAACUAAAACAGGAGGCGAUUGCAACUGCUCAAGCAGUAGAAGAAAAGGCUACGGAUGCAACACAAGCUGUUGAAAAAAAAGCCGUUGACUUAAAACAAGACGUAGUCACUACCACUCAUGCAGUAAAAGAAAAAGUUACCGACGCAGCACAACAUGCUCAAGAUAAUGCUGUUGAAUUAAGACAACAAGCAGGUGCUACAGUUCAGGCAGCAACAGAAAAAGCUGCAGAUAAAAUACAUGCUGUUCAAGAUAAAGUUGGUGAAGUAGCACAUGAUGCAUCUGCGACUGCUCAUGAUACUCAGAAAAAAACCACAGAAGUAGUACAUAAUGUUCAAGAAAAAGCCAAUAAAUUAGUUACGGGAAUAAAAGAGGCAGUUGUUGCUGGUGAAAAAGUUGUUGAAGAAAAAUUAGCCGCAGCCAAAGAAACAAUUCUAGAAAAAUCAAGCGCAUUAAUUGAUAGCGCAAAAACUACUGCACAUGAAGCUAGUGUUAAAGCACAAGAAUUAGAAAAAUCAGUUGAACAAAAGUUAAAAUCACCUGAAAAAGUUGGCGAACAGAAAAUUAAAGAAAACAAAGAAGUACUUGAUGAAAAAGGAUCUGAAGUUAAAGGUAAAGGUGCAGAAAUACUUGGUGCAACACAACAUGCAUUCGCUACCGGUGCUGCUGUUGUUACUGAAAAGACUAAACAAGGAAUUGAAUUAGCAUCUGGAGCUGCUUCCAAUGUUAAAGCAGCCACUGGACAAUUUGCAGGUGAUGCACAAGCAAAAGUUGUUGGAACAGCUCAUAGUGCUCAGGCAAAAGCAAGCGAAUUACUAACAACUGUCGAAACAAAAGCUGCUGGUACUGCUAGUGUGAUAGCAGCAAAAACUGUCGAAGCAAAAAAUACUACUGUAGCUGCUGCACAAACUGCAGCAUCAACACUUCAAGAAAAAACAAGUGCUCUCUUAGAUAGUGGUAAACAAGCAUUAACAUCUUCUACUUCAUCUCAACAACCCACACCAGCACUAUCAUCGACUGGUACAGAUCAUGUUUCGCAAGAAGCAUAUGUAACUGAAGCAUCUGCUCAAACUGCUCAUGGUCCGGAAUCAACAACUACUGAACAAGUAGAACCAGCCGCAACGAAAAUUACUAAAGGUGGUCCAAUAGCUGCUAUUCGUAACUUCUUUAGCCGUUUAUUUGGUUCAUCACCCCAUAAACACGAAGAACAACAGAGAAAACCGGACAAUGCUAUUCCUACAAGUGCUACCGGGCAGACAACUGAAACUACAAAAACAACGAUUGUAACAGCAUCAGUUGCAACAAGCAAUCCACCAAUAUUAUCAUGA